GCCCUCCGAGCCGCUACGCUGGCUGCUCGUGCUGGCGGGCGGCGGGGUGUCGGCGCUGUUCUUGCUCUCAAACUUCCACGCGCACCUGAGCGACUGCUUCCCGUACGGCGAGGGCGACGCAAAGCGGAAGAUGGCGACGCUGCUCGGCGGGAUGGCGGCCUGCCACUUGGUGCUGCUGCUGCUAUUCAAGCUCUACUUCUUCCACUACGCCUGACGCGACGCCUGACACUACGCCUGAGGAGGCCGCGUGCGGCGGCGGGCGUGCGGCGGCGGGCGUGCGGCGGCAGCACGCGCGACUUCACGCGCGCAUGUGUGCGUGCGCGGGCGGAGAGGAGGCGCGGAGGCACGACCGAUGUGCGAGCCCGGGGCAUUGGCGUGUCGGCUUGGUCGAGACUCGCGAGAGGCGCCCGUCGGUCGUGCCUCCGCCCGUCGAGUGUCGUGCUGUCGUCGGCCGCGCCGCUGCUGAUGUAGUGCGGUUAGGCAGACUCCAGACACGUAUAUGUAGCUCACCUGUCUUCCCGGUCUCCAGACUCCACUUGCGGCGCGGGCGGAGAGUCGGUCGCUCCGCGCGCAGAGCUGCUCGUCGUGUGUGUGGCGCGCGUUUUGCCGCACUAUACAAUCUAGAGCGU